AUGGUAAGUGGAACGGGUCCAGCACCGAAUCAGGCCGACACUGUAGCAUUCUGGCACGGCCUGUGGUCAGAGCCCGUAAACCACAGCGAGUGCCCUUGGACGGAAGUUGUGGCGAGUCAGUGUGCGGGUAUUACGCCCAUGGACUCCGUCAUCAUAACGCCGGAUGACGUAGCUGAGGCGGUCCGUAGGGCCCCGAACUGGAAAAGUCCGGGGCUUGACGGGCUGCAUCACUACUGGCUGAAGGGGUUCAUGGUGUGUCACUCUGUGCUCGCCCGACAGUUUUAA